AUGGUGGCACCACUAAUACACAAAUCUCUCCACAGCGUCGGAAUUGGUCAGACCACUCGCCUUGAAAUCGAGUAUUCACCCUGCUGCUCUGCAGAAGAAUAUCUCUCUCUGCCCCCACCAAGCUUGUGGCUCCGGGUGAGAAAUACGGAACCCUUGGCGUUGCGUGCUGCGUAUGUGGCAGGUCCAUACUCGUUGUAUGUGGACUGCCGCCCUGAAAGCUACUCAGUUUCCAAAAAAACCUUUGUCACUGCUGACCAGCCUGUUUUUGAGCCCCAGCUACAUCCGGGUCAAACUUUCUGCACAGAGCUAUCAUGCCACACGUACAACUCUAAGUACAAGUGGUUGGUUGAUGUCAGCUCGCAGAUGCUCUUUAGCCUCACACAAACAGUCAAUUUUGAGGUGUGUGUGUCCAGUGGGCGUGAGAUCGACGAAACCAUUGCUGUCAAGUCUGACCCCCGAUUGCUUGUGGGAGUGCAUGACACUCUAGACUUGUGGAAUUUGCCCCUACCGGACCCGGCGAAACCGACGCAUUUGGUGAUUCUCACGCACGGGCUCCACUCCAAUGUUUCUGCAGACAUGUUGUUCUUGAAGGAAAUGAUCGAUGCAUCCUCUGAGAACGUCGUGGUGAAAGGCUAUUUUGGGAAUGCUUGCAAGACCGAACGAGGAAUCAAGUAUCUUGGAAGCCGCGUGGCUGAGUAUGUGAUUGGACUCCUCAAAAACGAAAGCCUUCAAAAUACUACGAAGAUCUCAUUCGUGGGACACUCAUUGGGUGGGCUUGUGCAGACCUUUGCCAUUGCGUAUCUCGAAACCAACUAUCCUUGGUUCUUCCAGCAGCUCCAGCCGGUGAAUUUUAUCACCUUGGCUUCACCCAUGCUUGGGGUCGUCCACGAGAACCCGGCGUAUGUGAAAAUAGCCCUUCAGGCAGGUGUUGCAGGUCGCACAGGCCAUGACUUGGGCCUUCAGUUCACUGAGCAAGACAACAAACCUCUUUUGCUUCUACUACCGUCGGGGCCCACCCACAGAAUCCUAAAAAGAUUUGUCCGCCGAACUGCUUACGCCAAUGUAUUCAACGACGGGAUCGUACCAUUGCGCACAUCUGCUUUGCUUUACUUGGACUACAAAGGGUUGUCGACUAUUCUCGGUACUGCAAAGCCCGAGUUGUUGUCGUCAGCAAAGAUUCCUCGUGACUUGCCCGAUGCGUCUAAGGACUCGUCAACUCUGCCUUUUCUGGCUAUGCUUUCUUAUUUCAUGCCGCAAAAACAGAGAUCAAUUGGACGUAGUGAGGAACAAAGUGCAACCACGGAAGAACAUGCCUUAGGGGACCCAUUGGGUAAAAUACAUAAGCCUUCUGUGUUGGAGAGCGCCACGUCAAUUUUUCUCCCACCACUACCUCCCAUGAAAUAUAUCACAGACCCGGAGUCGAGACAAAAUGUCAUUUUGCAUGACCGAGUUUACACAGAAAAAGAUCUCCCUCCACUUCCCGGGAAGUUGAAAAGAACAAUUAAACGUCGGACAAGCGAAGGGGAAAAGGUUGGUAUGAUGCAAAAAAUUUCCACUAAGAGUGAAGAGAUCAAGCAGCUCUUGCUCGGUUCAAUGACUGAGCAUUACGAGGAAGAAAUCGCAAGAGAGUACCAUAAGCAAAUGCUGUGGCGAAAAGUUCUAGUGAAUCUCAUGCCAGAUGCACAUAACAAUAUUGUGGUCCGGCGCAGAUUUGCUAACGCAUUCGGAUGGCCCGUUGUCGAACAUUUAGUGUCAAAUCAUUUCGGAGUUGAGGAGAUAGACGGGCUGGAUAUCACCAAUGAAGACAGUUUUGAUCUAGGUGCAGAUGGGGCAGAGCUCACUAAAAUACUCUCGAUGGACGUUAUCAAAAGGGAAAAUGAGGAGCUCGACAGAAAUUCAGUUUUGGAUAAAGAGCAUUCGUGGAUCAAGAUCACAGAACAUAGCGAGGCCUUUGAUGGCCCCGCAGGGGUUUUUCAAGGGUUUAGUGAACGCAUGCUCCAGUUAAAACAGGAAUGGCAAACCAAUGGGUUGAAGGUAUUUGGGGGAAAGACUGAUGAAAAUGACGUGGAACCGGUGAAUUCCAAAUACCGCGUAAUGGACACGUUUUUAUAG